AGCAAACCAUUCUUGUCGGAUCAAUUACUUGGAAAUUAUCUACAUUGAUUUGAUCAUUUUUCUGUUGCUUGGCGUUUACAGUAAUUUCGAAAGGGUUUGGGUGGAUCGCGACCGGUCAGUGGGUGGGUACGCGUGGCCGCCUGAAACGGUCGGUGAAUACCGACGACAUGUGAAGGUACAUAAGGUGGACAUCCAAAAUUGACUUCAUAAAGAAAACUAUGGCCGAGUUCAUUAGAGGUGGCCCAGGCGUGGUGUUACGGGACAAGCUGCAGGCCACUCUGAGCCUCAACAGCGAGGACAGCCAAGACGUGCUAGAUCAGGAUUUCGAUCCUUUCCUCGAACAUGACGAACCAGACGGCUCUAAUGUAUCGCUGUUACAGGCACCACCCGAGGAUCUCUGGUACCACGGCCGGUUGAGUCGAUACGCAGCGGAAGAACGGUUGUGGCAAGCGUCCGAGACGGGUAGUUAUCUGGUACGCGAAAGUGAUCGCAAACCCGGUUCGUAUGUAUUGUCCUAUUUGGGACGUACGGGUAUCAAUCAUUUCAGAGUGACGGCAGUGUGUGGAGAUUUUUACAUUGGAGGACGUCAGUUUGACAGUCUAUCCGAUCUGAUUGGUUAUUAUACAAAUUGUUCCGACUUGUUGAAGAGGGAGAAAUUAGUGCACCCUGUGGCACCUCCGGAGCCCGUCAAUGAUAAAAAACGAGUGGUGGCUAUUUUGCCAUACACUAAAAUGCCGGACACUGAUGAGCUGACUUUUCAGAAAGGAGACAUUUUCUUCGUUCACAACGAUAUGGGAGAUGGAUGGCUUUGGGUAACAGCACAUAGGACGGGCGAACAGGGAAUGAUUUUUAGAGAUUUAGUAGACAAUUUGGAUGAAAAUAUUGAUCCUAACACAGUGUUUGAUUGGUUCCAUCCUGGAGUGACCAAAAGCGAAGCUGUCGAUAUGCUAGUCAAAUCGGGUCCAGGAAGUUUUCUUGUCAGGCCCAGCGACAAUUCUCCGGGCGACUAUUCACUAUUCUUUCACGUCAACAAUCAAAUUCAACGAUUUCGAAUUGAGAAGAAAGGUGUGAGGUAUUUAAUGGGUGGUCGUACGUUUGAAUGUCUCGACGCUGUCAUAAAUAGAUAUAGAAAAGAGCAAAUAGUCGAAGGUCAUACUCUAGUUUUGCCAGUAUGUCGAAAUUCAAACGAUCUUCUAGAGUUGCCAAUUAAACAAAAAGAAGAGCAGCAGGCCGAAAAAAUUUACGCGACACUUCGAGAAUGCCGUGAACAAGUAGGACUUAAGAAAGUCAAAGGAAUUAAAAUGCAAGGGUAUAUGUACAAAAAAAGUGAUAAAAAUAAGAAAUGGAAAUCUUUAUAUUUUGUUUUAAUCAUUGAUGGUGUCGAUACUCAUUUAUGUUUCUAUGACAACCCUAAAAGAACUAAACCAAAAGGUUUGAUUGAAUUAAGUUGCGCUUACUUAUAUCCUGUACACGAAAGCGUCUUUGAUAAGCCUAAUUGCUUUCAAUUGGUCGAGAGAGCAUUACCUUGUUUGGCCACCAUAACUUACUUGUCUACGACAUCGCAGGACUCAUUUCAAGAAUGGGUUUCAGCUCUAAGAAUGUACUGCGUCACUCAACUGUCCAGAGUUCCUAAAGCGCAAAAAUUACGUGAAUUACGAUUUUUACAACUACACAUUCUUGAUGCUCAUAGGUUGCCAUUUAAAUUUGUGCCAAAUCCGUUUUGUAUAAUUUCUUUAAAUCAAGUAAAAGUAGCUAAAACUCGAGCCAAAAGUGGGCCUGAUCCCGUUUUCGACGAAGAGUUUGCCCUGGAUGACGUUCCUUUGGAUGUUUUGACAUUUACAAUAAGCGUUUAUAACAAAGGAAAAAGGUCUAAAGAUACUGAAGUGGCUGAAUUGACUGUGGAUCUAAAUACACUGAAUAAUGGUGCCGAAGUAGAGGACUGGUAUCCGUUGAGCGGCGUUGUUACGCCUAUAGGAGAGUGGGGAUCAUUACGGUUGCGUACUAGGUAUUUACACGAUCUAAUCAUGCCGACUGAAGAAUAUUCACCAAUGCAACAGCUUAUUCUCGACCCUGAACUAGAAGCAGUUAGAGCUUUAGCAGAUCUAUGCCAUCAAGACCGAAUGCCUUUGGCUACGUCAUUGAUGGGAAUAUUUCAACACGAGAAAAAAGUAGCUGAACUUUUAAGGAAUCUUAAUGACGUAGAAAUAUUUAAAGAAGAUGAAACCACUACGUUGUUUAGGGCCGCUUCACUCACCACUACUCUGAUGGAUCUCUACAUGAAGUCCAUGUGCUCAGAAUUUCUCAAGUCCGCCGUACAACAAACUGUUUUUAAAUUGUUAGAUAGUAAACAAUCAUGUGAGUUAAAUCCGUGUAAGAUGGACUCGCCCGACGAUGCUUGUGAUAAUGCUGAAUUUCUCCUCGUAGUGUUGGAUGAAAUCACCCAAUCUAUUUUCAUGUCUGCCGAUGCGUGUCCACGGACUUUACGUUAUAUAUGCGGAUGCCUGCAGAGAAUGGUCAUGAACAAAUGGCCCUACGAAAGAUUAGUAAGAACACGAGUUGUGUCAGGGUUCAUCUUUUUGCGUCUCCUGUGUCCGGCUAUUUUAAACCCCAGACAAUUCAAUCUCAUUCCCGAGCCACCGCCACCUAUGGCGGCCAGAUCUCUGAUCAUGGUGGCCAAGUGCUUACAAAAUCUGGCAAACCUCGUCGAAUUUGGCGGCAAAGAACCAUACAUGGAAGUAGUAAAUCCAUUCAUAUUAAAAAACAAAGAGAGAAUGGUGGUGUUUUUAGAUCAACUGUCCAGCGUGUCUGAGAAACCAGAGUGCGAAGGCGAAAAGAUAAAAGGAGAUCCUGCUCGUAAUUUGGGUACUUUACAUCAUAUUUGUAAAACACAUUUGACAGAACUGCAGAAUCUCAGCAAAACUCAACCAUCGCUGAAGAAACUCGUCACUGUCACUGAAAUGCUUAACAAGCAUAAACAAAAAUAUUUAGAAAUGAUCAAUUAGGUGAAAGCCAGAUUAUAUAUUCGAGCCAGUCAUAAGAUUCAUAUUAUAUUGUAGUUAUUAGUAUUAAUAUGUAUCCCCAACAAAUUGUAUAUUAUGUAUUUUAUCACUUUAUAUACACCAACGUGUCUCAUCCCGCUCAUAUAUAAUUUUUACGUACUGAAUUAAGCGAAACAAACCUUUUUUUAUUGCAUUUAUCCAUGACUUGUGAAUGUUAGUGUGCACAAUCGUUUCUUGGCGUGUUUAAUAAAUCAAAUAAUUAUUACUCUUAAUUUUAGUUAUAAAAAUGUUUUUAUAAUAUUAAUAUUGUACAUGCGGAUGUUUAUAAAAUUUGUGGAAAAUCCUAUAAUUGUAUAAUGACAAUUAUAUGUCUUGAUUUGUUAUGUUCAUUUACCGCUUAACGCCUUUCUCAAUAUGUUAAAACAACUGUAUACACCAAUUUCGACUUUGACUGAAUUACAAAUUACUUUAUUAUUAUUAAUUUAAAAAAAAAAUUAAAGAUAGCCAUAUUAUGUUCUUAUUUUAAAGGCUGUCAAUUUUGUUAAGCGCAAUAAAGUUAUAAAUUUCGUGCCAAAAAAAAAAAACAGUUUUCAAAUAUUGAUUUCACUCUGACGUCAAUCAAUUAAUCGUGUGAAUAAUUAUUUCAAACAUAUACUUAUUAUUGGUGAAAACUUGAAUAUUUUUCUUUUAUUUUGUAUUGUUGUGUUAUAAUCUAUAAAUAACAUGACACAAUUAUAUUGGAUAGACUAACAAGUAUAAAUUAAUUUUUACAGGCGUUAAAUUCCUUUCGGAUGUCGAAACUAACUUUAUUUUCCACAAUAUCCCAUUGACUUUUCGAUUAAUAUGUAAUAAUGUUAAUGUUAUUUUAUAUUUGUAAAUGUUGCGUGCGUAACGUGAUUGUUAUUUUUUCAGUCGUUAAAAUUUUUACACCAUAUAUCAAAUUCAUUUUUUUUUUUUUAAUUUAACAGAUCACAUAUUUUGUAUCUAUUUAGAAGAGAGUAUACGACAUUUUAUGUUUACUAAAAAUUGUAUUUACAAAAAUGAACAUCAUUGAAAUAAAUCAUAGUUGUAUAUUGUGUUUUGUUAGAGUUGGACAUUAUUCUUAUACAGUUUUAUUUAUAAUCGAGUGCCGACCAUUACAUGUCAAGACGUUACACAAAAUCUAAAAGAAAGCAUUAUUUAUAACGUUAUAGUUUUGGAAUGUUAUUAUUUUCUUUUUGAAAAAAAUGUUUCAUGAAAAUG